GCACAUUGAGCACCCGUGAGGGAGCCAUGCAGAUGUCAGCAUCCCGGCUGCUCCUCUGCCCUGUCGGCCCCCACAGGCGCGCCCUCCACACCCCCCUACUCCGCUUCCUGUCCCCCGCACCCCACUUCCUGUCCCUCCGAGCGCGGUCUCUGUUUAGCGAGACGGGGGUGUGGGAGAGGGACUACCGGGCGGAGACCCGGCGCGGCGUGGAGCGAUGGUGGCGCCCGCGCAUCCAGGAGCAGUGGAGGAGGGAUACGCUGCAGGAGAGUUCCCCCAAGCAGAAGUUCUAUGUGCUGUCCAUGUUCCCCUACCCGUCUGGACGCCUCCACCUGGGUCACGUGCGCGUCUACACCAUCAGCGACACGCUCGCUCACUUCCACAAGAUGAGAGGACACCAGGUGUUGAACCCGAUGGGCUGGGAUGCGUUUGGCCUCCCUGCUGAGAACGCAGCCAUCGAGAGAGGCCUGGACCCAGAGGCAUGGACCCAGAGUAAUAUCGCGUCCAUGAGGGAGCAGCUGGACAGUCUGGGACUCUGUUUUAACUGGGACCGGGAAGUGACCACCUGCCAGCCUGAGUACUAUCGGUGGACCCAGUUCCUGUUCGUCAGGCUGUUUAAGGCAGGACUGGCCUAUCAGAAGGAGGCGGUGGUGAACUGGGACCCAGUGGACCGGACGGUGCUGGCUGACGAGCAGGUGGACGAGGCGGGGCGGUCCUGGAGGUCUGGAGCCCUGGUGGAGAAGAAGCUGCUCCGACAGUGGUUCAUCAGGACCACCAACUACGCCAAGGCCCUCCUGGAUUCCCUGGCAGAGCUUCCAGAGUGGUAUGGGGUGAAGGCCAUGCAGGCUAACUGGAUAGGAGAAUGUUCUGGAUGCUACUUUGACUUCCAACUCAAGGUGGAUGGGCAGGAUGCAGGGGAGACCCUAGCUGGCUACACCCCCAGCCCAGAGGUCGUGUUUGGGGGGGCCUACCUGGCCCUCCUGCCCUCCCACAGGCUGCUGCAUGGGAACAGCCCCCUGCGCCCCCUACUGGAGGCAGCCCUACGGCCUGGAGAAGACUGCCUGACAGAGGUCACAGCACACAACCUGUUCACCGGACAGGAAGUACCCCUCAUCAUCUCACACAAGGAGCAGUUCGAUGGCCAUCUAGACACUGUGAUAGGCAUCCCAGACAGUAGCGAGGAGGAUGUGUGUGUGGCUACAGCUCUGGGUUUGCCAUGGCAGCCUGUUCUGAAGAGGCAUCAUGACGACACACACACACUCAUCAACUCUGCUGAGUACUCAGGUCUCACCAGAGAGAAGGCCUUUGACUCCAUUACCCAGAAUGCCAGAGAGAGGAAAGUGGGAGGCCACCUGACCAGUUCCAAGCUCAGGGAUUGGCUGAUUUCCCGGCAGCGGUACUGGGGCACGCCCAUCCCCAUAGUGCAUUGUGGGAGUUGUGGUCCAGUGCCGGUGCCGGAGGAAGAGCUCCCGGUCGCCCUGCCCAGGCUGGCCUCCCUCUCCGGCAGAGGGGGGUCACCUCUGGAGGGGGCCCAGGACUGGGUCAACUGCCCCUGCCCCAGGUGUAAGGGUCCAGCUCGUAGAGAGACAGACACCAUGGACACAUUUGUGGACUCAGCCUGGUACUACUUCAGAUACACGGACCCACUGAACCAAGACAGUCCGUUCUCUCGUACCCAGGCAGACCUCUGGCUCCCUGUAGACGUGUAUGUGGGGGGGAAGGAGCAUGCGGUCAUGCACCUCUACUACGCCCGCUUCCUCUGUCACUUCCUCCAAGACCAGGGCCUGGUGGCACACAGGGAGCCAUUCAGGAAGCUGUUGGUGCAGGGUCUGAUUAAGGGUCAGACCUUCAGACUGGCAGAGACAGGACGCUACCUGAGGAGGGAGGAGCUGGACCUCACAGGGGAGGAGCCAGGGCUGCCGGGCGGGGCUGCAGGCCAGGUGCAGGUGAGCUGGGAGAAGAUGAGUAAGUCGAAGCACAACGGCCUGGACCCUCAGGAGCUGGUGCAGCAGUACGGCAUCGACACGCUGCGCCUCUACAUCCUGUAUGCUGCCCCGCCCGAGAACGACAUCCUCUGGGACGUCAAGAACGACGCCCUCCCUGGAGUUCUGCGGUGGCAGGCUCGUCUGUGGGGGCUGGUGUCCAAACUGAGGACAGCUCGCCAGCACGGGCCCCACCCUGACCCCUCCCUGCUGGGGCCCCACCCUGACCCCUCCCUGCUGGGGCCCCACCCUGACCCCUCCCUGCUGGGGCCCAAGGAGCUGCAGGCAGCCAGGAACAUCUGGGAGAACACCAACUACACUGUUCAGGAGGUCACAGGUCACCUUGCAGAGGACUUCCAGGUCAACACUGCCAUCGCCCGGCUCAUGGGGCUAUCCAACACACUGUCUAGUGCGUCGGCUGCUGUGGUGCAGCACAGUGUGGAGUAUGAAGAGGGUCUGGCAGCGCUGGUGGUGAUGACUGCUCCCCUGGCUCCUCACCUAGCGUCUGAGCUCUGGGCUGGUCUGAGCCAGGUCAGGACGCCCCCCAGCCCUGGGGGGUCCUGGGUGGGGGAUGUGCUGCAGCAGCCCUGGCCCAGCGUGGAUCCUCUCUACCUGGACCCCCCCGACACCCUGGAGCUGGCUGUGAGGAUCAACAACAGGCUGUGUGGCACCAUCACAGUGUCCCGCCUCGUAUCCCAGGAUGCCGAGCAGGUGCGUCGGCUGGUUCUGGAAAGCCCCCUCGGACAGCGUCUCCUUGGCAACCGGCCCAUCAAGAGAGCCAUCCUGUCCCCCCGGGCGGCCCUCAUCAACUUCCUCCUGGAGGAGUGACACUCUCUCCACGCCACGGAUUGGUGGAACCUCCUUUCAAUCACUGAAGCCAGAGGACUUCCUGAGACAUUCUUGAGUCAUUGGGGUUUUUUAUACCACAAAGCGGAUAGUUGGACUAAUUUAUUUUUAUGAUGGGAGAGUGAUGAUACUGUCGUUAUGGUGGAUGUCUAGUUAUAUAAAAUACAUACUGUCUCUAA